AUGCUCCAGUCUGCAGAGCUUCGCUGGAUUGGGGCCGCCUACAGUAACAUGUCCCAAUGGAUCAUGACCCCAAAGUCCAGAUACUUGAUUAAUCUGUAUCGCUUUAUUCUCGGCUUCAAAUCGGUUGUCGAACUGCGUCAGUGGACGCGGGGCAAAUCCGUUAAACGCCCCACAGUGUAUGUCGAGAAUGACAACCUCUUCGCACUCUUCUGCAAAGCCAAGUACAAGAACGGUAACCGCAUUUUCACUGAGAGGGGUAUCUGGACCGAAAGUGUUUUGCUCCUAGCGGCAGGCUCUGAUACAACGUCAACGACGAUGGGGGCUAUUUUCUUCUACCUUGUUCAUAACCGGGAAAGCCUCGACAAUGUGACCGAGAGUCUACGAAGCGUGUUAAAAGAUGAAAGUGAAAUUACUUCAGGACCCAAGCUAGCAGGCUGCACCUAUCUUCUAGCAUAUAUUCGAGAGGCUAUGCGGUUGGCCCCAGCCGUUCCUAACCUGUCUCCUCGCGUGGUGCACGCUGAAAUGUUUGCAAUAGAUGGCUGUUUAGUGCAAAAAGAACGCACAUGUGGGCGUCUGUCUUAG